UAGGCUGUAUAAAAGAUGAACCAGGAAGAAGGAAGAUAAACAUAUAUCAGUGUUAUAAUUGAAAUAACGAACAUGUCAGGGUUUCAUGAAUCUAUAAAGUCUUUAUUAUCAGAUAUUGAAAAGUUUCUAAUAGAGACAUUGAAAAAUGAGAAAUUGGGAAAAUCUGCAAAAAACUAUAAACAAGAAAUUAUAGACAAAAUAUGCAAACUGAAGGAGGAAUGGCCACAAUUAGGAACCGUGCAUACCACAGAACAAGUUAAACCAGCGAAAGACUGGUUUGGCACAUUGACUCGAUGGAGAAGGUGCAGUCGUAUUAUUUCGUGGAUUGAUGUACCAAAAGACGAUGAAUCAACAAGAACUGGUGGUAGUUCUAAUACAGAUGACACAGAAGAUCCUUAUGCUGAUAGUAGUGCAGACAUACCAAAUGUGCCAGCCAUGGACCUUACAAAUUUCACAAAGGCUGGAUUUUUAGAAAAGAAAAGACCGACAGGUAUUGGUUUAAAGACAAUGCAGAAACGAUGGUGUGUCAUUAAAGGCAAUAUAUUUUUCUACUUUGAUGGUAAAACAUCAAAAAAAAUGAGUGGGGCUUUCAGAUUAUCAGAUUAUAGUUUUGAAGAAGCACCAGAAAUGGUGAAGGAAGAUAAGAAAAAGGAACUUUGCUUUAAACUUGUUAGACCUGCCAACAGAACCUAUGAAUUUAUGGCUACAAGUAAAAGUGAAGUUGAAGAAUGGAAAACUGCAGUCAAACAAGCAAGUGUUGUUGUUCCCUCUAAAAUGACAGAUGUUGAUAAUGAAGAUGAUGGUGAUAUAUACGAGCCUGUUGGAGAGGAAGCACAGGAAACACAAGAAUUGUAUGAUGAUGGAACAGAUGGAGAUAUUUAUGAAGCAGAACCAGAGUCUUAUCCACCAGAACCUAUACAAGAUGAUAUUUAUGAUGAGGGAGCAUCUGUACCAAUACAAGAGGAGAUGUAUGAAGAUGCCUCAACUCCGUCUUUGCCAACUGUACCUCCACCUCGAAUGGCAGGGGCGCGUCCACCACCACCACCCGUUCCUGAUGAUGAUCCAUACCAAAGCAGACCACUUCCACCAAUAAGGGAACCACCUAAAAAGACAGAAGAACUUCCCCCACUUCCACCAACUAGGGAACCACCUAAAAAGACAGAGGAACUUCCCCCACUUCCCCCACCAAAUAGAGUUGUGGAGGAGGAACCAAAGUCUUACAGAAAUGAGGAUGACUUUGAAAAUAUGUUUAUUGGAAAAUGGGAUUGUAAUGGGGAUAAUGAUAAAGAGUUGUCCUUUAAAAAGGGUGAUAUAAUUUACAUUAUAAAUAGAGAUUUUGAUGACCGCUCAUGGUGGGUUGGUGAACUGAAUGGUAAAUUUGGUUUAGUUCCCAAAAAUUAUCUCACAGAGGCAUAUACAGAGACACUAACAUUCUGAUCUUGAAAAUAUUAAGUGCACUUUUAUUUGGAACUACCAAAAAAAGAUAUGAUAAAGAGAUAUUGUUAUCAACUCUUUUUGACAAGGUUAAUUGGAAACAUUUUUUUUUGCUUAAAAAAUCCAUCCAUGUACCCAAAAAUUUAAUUUCUUUACAAUUGAAAUAUAAAUGAAACCUGAUUGUUCUUUCUGAUAAAAAAGUAAGAAUUUGAUAGAAAUUACAAUUAAAAUAGUUAAUAUUUUUUUCUAAUUACUAUUGUAAGCUGGACAAAAUUAUAUCAUUAAAAAAUAAUUAGACAAUUUUUUUUUAGAUAUUUGUGUUGACAUCCAGAGCAGGGAGACUCAGGGUAUCCAAGGAAUCCUUUGUGGAUUUUUAAAUAAGUUUUCUUGUAACUAAAAUGCAUAUUUAAGAGUUUAGAAUGAAGAAAUAUUUUGUUUUGUGUAGAUCUGAUGGAGAAUGAAGUUUUUCAUUUAGCAUUAUUAUUAAGAUGCUUGUUUUUUUUUCCUUAUAUACCUUGAAUUUGUGGAGUUAUGCCCUGAUUUAUCAACUAUAAAUGAUGAUUAGAGUAAAACUUUAAUAAAAAAAAAAUUUGCUGAUUUGAUAAAUGUUUUAGUAAAACAUGAAAUACAGAUCAUUAACUAAGACUUGAUUCAGUCAAUCAAAUCUGUUUAUAUCUCACUUAUAUCUUAAAGAAUGUCUUUUUCAAAACCUUUCAUUUGAUGAAGUGUUUGUUUUGUGCUAGCAACAUGUUAGUUUUGUAAGGUUUAUACUUUAUUCAUUUUUUAUUUAAUUAAAUGAAAUAAUACAAUUUUCAUUCAAAAAUGCUAUCAAACUUUUGAUUUUGUUAAUGACCAUAUAUUAAUGAAAUGUGAAGUCUUUUGGUUGAAAAAGGUGAAGCGUCACAAUAUAAGCAUAUGAAGUUUGGUUUGACAUUGCAAGUUUGAAUAAUUAUUUGCCAGUAAAGCUAACAGAUUGUUACUGUUUUCACAUAAAAACUUAAGAACUGUUUUGAUCAUAUUUACAUAUGCUGAAAUUCUUGUGAAAACAAACCAUGCGUUGUUAAUAUUAGGUCAUGAAUUGAUGAAAUGUCACAAUAUAUAAAUUUAUGUUUUUUUGAGGGGCUAGUAAAAUGAUACUAUCUUUUUCAGAUAUGUUUGUGAUUUUAGGUUGAACAUUUAAAAGGGACUUCUGUAUGAACAUGUUCACCAGGAUUUAAAACUAAACUUACCAAAACUUCAGAAAAUUUGAAACUGAAAACAGUAUGUAAGUUUCUUUUAAAUGAUAAAAGUGAAUUGUUUUCUUCUAUAUACCUUUUGCAUAUUCAGUAUUUUCUCCACCAUCCUUUUUUGAAUAAUUGCCCCAAAACUUGUAGGCUUUUUUUUUUUAUUGAUUUCAUUACGUUUUGACAUUUAUGAACUAACCUUAUUUAGUCUGUUUUAUCCAGGUUGUCUGUUGUUAUAGCAUUUUACAGUUUUAUGCCCAUCCAUUCCAUAUUUAGAUAAUUUUGACAGGUAUUUAUUUAUCUGUUUCUUCGUUUGCUGGUGUUUUUACACCACUUUCAACACCCUUGGCUGUAUCAUGGCAAAAACCAGAUUAUCAGGAGAGACCACAUCAACUAGAAAUGUUUUGUAACUUAGAAAAUUGAAGAUGAUCACAAUUUUUAUUAGUUUCUUUCGAUGUGGUACAUACAAAAGUAUUAAAUUUUUAUUAGUUUCUUUCGGUGUGGUACAUACAAAAGUAUUAAGAUAUUUUUAAUUCGUCUGGUGCUACUGUCGCUUAACCACAAAUCAUGUUCAAAAUUUCAAUACUGAAAUAUAUAUCUAUGUUAAAUUAUAAUGGUUUCCAAGAAAUCUCACUACUUUUCAUCCUUUUAUUUUACAUAUGUUUAUUGAUUGCCAUAUAUAUUUGUUAUUGAUUAAUAGUUUUAGUAAAAAUUGUUGUUAUGAUGAUUACAUUUUAUAAUUUUGCUUUUAAUUUGUGCAAUAAAAUUUUUAUUUCAAA